AUGACACGGAAGUUGGAAAAUGGAGGCGCAGUGGCCAAUCAUGUUGGCGGUGACAGGCUAUCUAACUCCACGCCAUACCGGGAGGUUGAAGUCACUGUGUAUGACAAGUUACUCAACGAGGUGCGUGCAUUCCGUUGUGACCAACAGCUCUUGGAGAAUUCGAUGGUGUACUUUGUGCCUAUUAUACGCCGCUACCUUGAGGAAGAGGCUGAGGAAGAAAGAAAGAAUCGUCUUGGUGCAGAAGAGGAACGUAGCAGGGAUAUGACUGCUACCUCUGCUGCCGCUACAAAUAAAAUGGCGAGUGGCCACGGGACAGAUGUAUCCGUUGACAAGGCUGUGACCGGCAUUGAUAGGAGGGGGCAAGGCGAUGUGAGGCAGUCCUCGCAACCUAAGUUGACAAGUCCUCUACCUCCCAUUCCUAUCCGUGUAAACUGUGACCUGAGUAUCUUUUCCUGGUUGAUGGCAUAUGUGCAGGGGAAAAGGCGACCCUUCACGCCGGAGAACGCUGUGUCGAUUGCCUUGUCCUCAAACUUUCUACUAAUGACGCAACUCGUCGAUUUACCCCUUCAAUACAUCAAGGAAAAUCUCGUGCAGGUGAUGCUCUCUGGGGUUAGCAUGGAGUGUCUGACAGGCGAGCUUUUGGCACGGCUUUGUAGUAUGUUAUCAGAGGGCGACCUCGCAAGGACCUUUUUAAAAUUUUUCGAGUGGCGGGUCGACUACUCUGCGAAUAGACGUGUUUUGACAGCUCUUCUUCGCCAUGUUGUUUGCGACCGUCUUGGGGAAAGACAGGCAAAUGGCUUGUGUUGGUGUCAAUACUGUGGGGUUUUAUUUGACCAACAUGAACUUCAUCGUCUGGAGCGGAGUGCCAAAAACGUGAAGCCAGCACUCUGUCCGCGACUGAGAGAGAACUCAAUUGGCACACGUGGUGAGAUUCUCACGACUCAUGUGGCCUCAAACUGUCAUGCCAACCUUGUAUUUCCUUCAAUCUCCUGGAGUGAUGAACAUGUGGAACGCUGGGCGUGGCGCAUCAUUGGGGCAACUCAUUUUUUUGUCUGUGGACGCUGCAAUCAUCUUGUACCGCUUAUAGAUACCAUGAGCCAUGGGUGCUGUGGAGGAAUGGCGAAUUUUUCCUGCACUGAGGGUGGCAGCCGCGCCGACGCCGACGCUCUUCUUGCAUGGUAUGCUGUUUCCAAAGACCUUUACGCGGGUGGCUUGACGCCCAUGUACUCCCAUCAGACAGAUGUACCACGUGAAGUGCUCUUGACGCUGUCUCCCACUGGAGAGUGGACCUGCGAGGACCGGAGCGACCACGCCGUGCCAGGGCUGUGGUGCACUCACCCCAUCGCCGUGGAGAGAUCUGUCAGCAUAAAUGGUAAUGUGAACCUUGAUACACAGAAUGGUUUUGAGCGAUGGUUGGUGUUGGGGCUGCAGCAAAUGAUGGAAGAGUUUGGUAGAAGGGGAGAACACAACGUCGCCGGUGACGAUGCGCACACGCCAUUAUCGCCGGUUACCGGCCUUGCCUGGCAACUACCGACCAAGUUAGGCAGCCGGGGGACAGAAUACAUGGCUAGAACUGGAUCCGGACGGCCAUCGCAUCGCGACAACAGGGGCGUGGGCCGUGGUGGGUUAAUAUCUGGAAGUGAUGCAGUGACCAGGCGGAAGGAAUUGGUAUCCAAUAACAACCUACAGCGUGCGAACGCCACAUCCGGUGGCACACCGCUUGCCUACGACCCCAACAAGACGUUGACCAGUUCUUCUUUGACCAACUUUCGUGUGAAAUCAGCGCAAAACACGGGUCUAUCCUUGCGAAGCCUGAAGGCGCCUGGCUCCUCGUUUGCAAAAACCAGCCCAGCUAUUCCACAGAAUUACAGGUGA